CCUUUGAUUAAAUUAGAUCACGUCAUCACGGAAAUACAAUCGUUAACUAAACAGAAAGUAGGAUUCGACGAAUUGUUUUGGACAUGAAUAUAAUAUCCGUCAGCUUACUAUUUAAUAUUGCUGUUGUCAUAAUGUAAGCUUAAUAUCUGUAUAGUACAGUAAAUUGUGUCCUGUUGUAUAAUUUGAUUCAAUUGAACCUUAUUAUGAAUCUUAGCCUAUUUAAAAUUGAAGGCAACAGAUAGUAUCAAUAUAAACCAACUUGUAUGAGACAACCAGGAUGUCCGAACAACACCAGCAGUUACAACUUUUAUCAGAUAAUGAGGAAACAGAGGAUAUCGAUAAGGAUAAUGGAGAAUUGGAAUUUGAAUAUUGUAGCCACAAGAAAGAGAGGAAAAAGAAAAAAGCAAAAGGAGGAACUACCGAAGCCACAGAUGCAAAAAUUCCGUCGAAUUUAAACAAGUUUCAGGCCAUGUCAUGUCCUAAUUUAGCAAUUUGUGGUACAGAUGGGAGUUCUGCUGGUAUCAUUAGAGGCACGCCCCACGGAAACGAAACUCACAAUACGUUCCAGCUAAAGGACACCACAGUGGACUCAUGUGAAUUUCGAUUGGUCUGUGAGAAAUGCUUUACGUUUACUGGUAUUCCAGGAAUGUAUACAUAUAAUGAAAUAGAUGGACAUUCCUGUCUUUUCAAUAAGCUUGCGGCAAAACAUAAACGGGGAACUCUGUGGUUUCAAAUCAGAAAGAGAUUUAAUCAUUCUAACUCAAUCAAGUCUUACGGUCUGUGCAAAAGCAUAUUUCAGUGCAAAGGGGGAGAGAAGAGAUGUUCGUUUGCUCACAAUGUAUUUGAACAGUACUUUUGGAAUUUAGAGAAAAAUAGCAAAUUCCAUAUCUCUAAAUUUAUAUUACGUUUAAAUCUUGAACGACUUUUAAAUGAGUUCAGAGGUACAUUCAUCCUCAUGUGCCAGAAAUGCUACGAAGGAAACCCACCAAAAACUAACCUUGAAAAUAUCCAUGGGUUUUGUCAACAAAAGCACUGUUGGGAGGAAAACAAAAUUCUGGUACAUUCCAAUCACUCGAAGAUAACUCUUAUAGAUAACAAGCCUAAUCUACCAAGACAUGCAGCAUUCAGAAUAUGUAAAUAUUUAAAACAUUGUAACGAUAGAAAAAAGAAUAAUUGUGUAUAUGCACACAGCGAAAUAGAAAAUGAAAUCUGGAAUGUUGAACACCAUUGUCAAGUUACAAGAGAAGAGAUUGUUAGAGUAUGUCACAUGAUUACUAACGAGUUGCCCACUAAUGAAAUCCCAGAACAUGCUACCAGAAGUUCGGACACCAAUUUCAAAGGUCAAACAUUGCAAAGACCGAAAUCCUUACUGAAUACUGACAAUCAUGAGAGCAACAGAUUUAAACCAUGUCCUUAUAAAAUCACCAGACUAUGUAAGCUUUGUUUGAAAUCGGGCAAGGAGCAGCAGAAGUGUGGUCUACACAAUAUUAAAAAAGAUUGGGUAUACCGGUUAGAUCCUGAUAGAUGCAUCAUCAGUCCAUUACCUCCUCACAUUCCAAAGAACUUAAAGUUUACAAUUUGUGAAGAUUUGAAACCCAAUCGGAGUCGUUGCUAUAAAGACAAGUGCAAUUUUGCACAUAGUCCUAUUGAGAUUGAGAUAUGGAAGUGGAUGGUAAAAAAUGGCAAAACACUAGAUGAUAUGGUUAAUCCCGAUGUACAUGAGACGUAUAAGGAGCCAACCCUACAGUCAUCUGGACCAGUAUUGUUACCAGCCGAUGUUAAAUUAAGAAAUUAUUAUUGUGAAGAUUGUUCUAUCCAAUUUGAUAACUUAAAGGAUAUAAAUAAACACACAGAAACUAGUGACCAUAAAUUCAAUGUAGAAGCUGAUAUAGUUCAGCAAUGGAACUUCCGACAACCACCCUGGAAUAAAGAUAUUAAAGUUUAUCAGCUGUGUUCCAAAACUGAUUGUCCAUACUCUCAUGUCUCCGAUCAGUUUAAUUAUUGUCAAGAUGCACAUGGACAACCAGAAUUAAAUGAAUGGAAUGAAAGAUAUACCCAUAGACAGAUGAAAAGAAACAUGUUGAAAGAUAUUCAGUUUAUGUCGUAUGCUGAUCGUGUGUUAUGUAAGGAGAGAAACGGCAUUUCCAUUUCUUGUGACAAAGAUUUAAAUGUAAGGUUGACCAAAAAGAAGCACAUAUGGAAGUUUACUGUCAAAAUUAACCCGGAGCUGCCAGUGAAGAGAAUAUGUUUGUUACUUAAUAGAGAUCGACAUAAUUUUAAUAUCAGUACAUCCACAGAACAUCUACAGUUCAUUGAUGGGACCAAGUUAGACCAAUCCAAUUCAAACCCAUUUACCAUCAAUGUUCAUUUUCGAAGUUUUAGAGAUGGCUAUUUUGUACAAUGGGUUGUUUUUGAGUUUGGUUCGGGGCCAGCUAUUGUGCGAAAGUUAACCGUUGAAACCUGUGAAGAAGAGCAUAAUAUUGCAAAUGAACCUAAGUGCGAAGCUGAGGUAUGGACCAAAUAUACCCGAGAAAUAAUAACUGACCCAAGUUUAGUUGAAGACGAGUUUACUGGGAAAUUACUAACUGAAUAUAAACAAGCUGACGAAGAAGAUAGACUGCAUGCUUUUUACAACAGAGAUUUUCCUUUAAAUCGUUAUAACUAUCAACAUAAGAUGCACAAACUACUCUAUAGUGAGGAACUGACCAGACGUAAUAUCAUAGCAAGAUACAAUCUUGUUACCAAGGUAACAGUUACAGGCGUAAUUGAAGACGAAACAUUUAUAUUUGCUCAAUCUGGUGAACUUUUUGCUAGAAUAAGUUUAACAGAAGACCUAUCCGAAGACACUGAUGAGGGUCGGUUAGCUACACCCAACCACGGUUAA